UUGCGGGGCGCGGGGUACUAGCCGCCUUCCCUCAGACAGGCAGGAAGCCGGAAGGAGUUCCUGAGCCCGCGAACUUGCAGCGGAAGUGGAAGAAGAACGCUCCUACUCAAGUGUCUGGAGCUGAAAGAUGCAACCCAGGGAAGGGAACUGUGGCUAGCUAAGGAAGCCAUGCUUGAUGUUCCUUCUAGAUCUCAUGUCAACACCAAACCCUCAGCUGCUGGUGGCAGCUGCUCAGCAGACCCUGGGCAUGGGAAAGAGACGCAAUCCACCCCACGCCAUCUGUCUUCAUCUCGCCGGAGAGGUGCUAGCUGUGGCCCGGGGACUGAAGCCAGCUCUGCUCUAUGAUUGUAACUGUGCAGGGGCAUCAGAGCUCCAGAGUUAUCUGGAGGAGCUGCAGGGAUUGGGUUUCCUGACCCUGGGACUUCACAUCCUUGAGAUUGGAGAAAACAGCCUUAUGAUCAGUCCUGAACAUCUAUGUCAGCACUUGGAACAGGUGCUGCUUGGUACCAUAGCCUUUGUAAAUGUUUCCAGCUCCCAACCUCACCCUUCUAUCUGCUCCCUGGACCAGCUUCAGGACUUGAAGACCCUUGUGGCUGAAAUCAUCACGCAUUUGCAGGGGCUGAAGAGGGACCUAUUGCUAGCAGUCUCACACAGCAGACUCCAUUCCUCAGACUGGAAUCUCUGUACUGUAUUUGGGAUCCUCCUUGGCUAUCCUGUCCCCUAUACCUUUCACCCGAACCAAGGAGAUGACAACUGUUUAGCCCUGACUCCACUACGAGUAUUUACUGCCCGGAUCUCAUGGCUGCUAGGUCAACCCCCAGUCCUGCUCUAUUCCUUUAGUAUCCCAGAAAGCUUGUUCCCAGCCCUGAGGGACAUUCUAAACACCUGGGAGAAGAACCUCAGAAUCCGAUUUAGGACUCAGAAUGACUUUACUGACCUCAACAUCUCCUCUGAGAUAGUCACACUGCCAGCUGUGGCCCUCUGACUUUAACUCUCCUCCCAUGUAGAAGGUACUCAGUAAAUGAUCAUCUCUAGGUCGGGGAUGGCAUAUAGGAAUCAUCUCAAUCGCCAGUUCCAAGCGUCUUGAGUGGGAGAAUGCUGUAAUCAAUUGACCACAUAUGCAAAGGGCAUGGGAAUAGGUGAUGGUGGUGGCGGUGGUAGCAUUGGCAGUACAUGUUUGCCAUUUCUAUAUUAGGAAGUCCUCUUAGUGGAGAUGUCUUCGUUUUUCACUGGAUAAGAGGAAAGAGAUGGUGGGGAAAAAGCAGUAUUUGUAUGAUAGCCUUGUAAAUAUACCUACCCUAUGUGGAUAGUGUCUUCCAGGAAAGUAGAAUGGCUGCGGGCUUUUUUGCAUGUAUAUAUAGUCCAACUGAAUUUGACUAAGGAGAGUAGACCAGUAUGCUUAAGUGAUGUGAUACUUGUGAUACAUCAUUCAGAAAUAAACCAAGAGUUCUCAG